AUGAGUCAGCUGGUGAUAUGUGAUGUACCCGUGCAAUUAAAACAAGGGGACAUAGCAAAGGAAGUCGGAGAUGCCAUAGUAAAUGUGAAUAAUAAUACACUGAACCAGAACUUUGGGGUGUGCCAAGCCAUUCUAGCAGCCGCUGGGAAGUCAGUCGUACAGGAAUGCCAGGCAUUAGCCAAAAAAACUCAUGGUGAUGUGGUUGUAACCGGAGCUGGAGACCUGAAAUGCAAAAAAAUCAUUCAUGUUAUUAAUGCAACGCAGCCAGAUAAGAUUGUUGGCAGUGUGAAGGCGGCGCUCAAAGAAUGUGACCAACAUAAAAUGGCAACUGUGUCUUUUCCGGCACUCGGAACAGGUGCUGCCAAUUUAGACACUCUGACCUCCACAGAUGCCAUCUUUACCGGCAUUGAGCAAUACUUAUCAGAGUCCAAGGAAUCCUGCAUUACACAAAUUUCUAUUGUGGUUCUUACUCAGGAAGCCUACGACCAGUUUUUGCUGUUUUUCCAAAUGAAAAUUUCCAGUCUCCAGAAAAGCGAUUUUCACCUCACGAUACAUGGGAAAUAUGUAGAAUUAAUUAAGGGCGACAUCACUGAUCAAGUUGUUGGCUGUAUAAUCAAUGUGACAAAUGAAACUCUGGACCAAAGUCGUGGUGUUUCGGGAGCUAUAUUAUCAAAAGCUGGAAAGACUGUUGAACAGGAAUGCAAACAGAAUGGUAAAUUACCUCCCAAUGGAAUCGCAGUUACAAGUGGUGGAAAUCUCAAAUGCAAGAAAAUCAUGCACCUGGUUGGUCCAGCAACAUUGAAUUUAAUUGUUUCUUUCCUUGAACAAGUCCUACAAGAAUGCAGCCAACGUUCCUUCAGGACCAUAGCACUGCCUGCCAUUGGAACAGAGGAAGAAGAAGAUGAGGAAGAAGAGGAAGAAGAAGAGGAAGAAGAAGAUGAGGAAGAAGACGAGGAAGAAGAAAUAGUUCUGUCUUUCUCAGAAGAAGAAACUACAGAUUUGUCAUUGUGCCAAAUGCAAGCUAAAAUUGAUGCUCCAGCCACAUGGAGUGACAUGGGCAAUAAACAUCAUAUGAUCUAUGAGCUGAAAAAAGACUCUGAGGAAUAUCGAACCAUUGAGAAGGGUUUCCUUUCUUCAGUCGGGAAUAGCACCACUGAAGUGAUAAAGAUUGAAAGAAAUCAGAAUUUAAAGUUAUGGAGAAGCUACUCGGUUAAAAGGGAUUCUGUUCAGGCCCAGUACCCAAACCAGGAAAAUGAAAUGGAUCUCUAUCAUGGAACUACCAAUGAAACGGCAAAGAAGAUCAGUAUGCAUGGAUUUAACCGGAGUUUCUUUGGGAAAAAUGCUGUAUGUUACGGGAAAGGAACAUAUUUUGCUAAAAACGCCUGGUAUUCUUCUCAAGAUCAAUAUGCAGAGAAGGACAAAGAUGGGUACAAACAUGUCUUCCGGGCAAAAGUAAUAACUGGAAAAUGGUGUUUGGGGCAAGAUAACUAUGUGGAGCCACCACCAAUCUCUUCAGAUUCAGACGUCAUUUACAACAGCGCAGUUAAUAAUGUUAAUAAUCCAGAAAUCUUCGUAAUUUUCUGUGAUGAUGGCGCCUACCCUGAAUACUUGAUAACAUUUAAACAAGGUUGAUAAAAAUCAACGCGCCCGCAUUGCACUGUCACUUUACAGCCUUAAUACUCAUAAUCAUGAACUUAUGUAAUUAUUAGCAAGAAUAAUUGUUGCACUGUACCAUAUUCUAUCACCAGCAAUGAGCUUGUAGUUAAAGAAGAACAUUUCAAGCUGCAGGUAAUGUUAUUGAUAAAGAAAGGAAUUAAUGUAAAGCAUUAAAAGCCAAUAGAAGUUGCAAAGUCAGGCUUCUAACCUGAUGUCAAGGCAGACCAGCUCAGGGUCAGACCCCGUUACCUGCCCCACAAGCCAGCUGCCCCCAGUCACCACCGCUCCCUGCUCCUCUGCCCGGCGUUCUGCUGUGGAAUGAAUGGCCAUCCUACAUUUUUAAGAGAGAAAUGAGUAGAGUAGUGGAGAAGGAGCAGUGGUGGCUGGGGGUGAAGCAGGAGCGGAGAGCGUCGGUGGCUGGGUGUUGGGCCCUUGAGUCAGGUACCCAGUGGGCCCCAGGUACCCCAGUCUGACUCUGGAGUUUAUAUGCUGGGUAACUCCGGCAGACAGUGCCUUCCAUAGCUGCAGAAACACAAAGGAGCAGAUUUAUCAAAAUGUGAGUUUAAAGCUUAAACUUAAAACAUAAACAUAAAAACGCAUCCACAUUCUGUUCAUUCCUAUGGGAUUUUUAUUUAUCAAUGGGUGAAAGUUAGAAUUCACCAUUUGAUUAAUGCACUCUUAAAAAUCCAAUUGGAAUGAAUAGAAAGUGGGUGAAGGGGGCCCAAAGGGUAAUAACCAUUAAUAACUAUACAAACGCACAGGAACAAGCAGGGAAUAUUGGAUCCAGGCAAGGACUAAGGAUCAGGCAUGGGAUCCAGAACCAGUGGAGCUUCAUAAUUAAGCAAUAGACUAGAGCUAAUGACUAGUGAUGAGCAAAAUUUUUCAGUAUGGAUUCAAUGCAAAAUGCCACAUUUCACCACUGCCACAUUUUUUUGUAAAACUGCUGCAAAAAACACAGUGAGCACAGUGAAGAUGAACAAAUGCUUCCAUAUUUUACUUCAAUAGCCUUAAGGCCAGGGUACUAAUCUGGAUAAUGCCUGACAACUACAGGGACCAAUCAGGUUGGUUACCAGAGCUGGUGCAAACUUGCAACUUUUCUUGAUUAUCAUUUGGGGGGGGGGGGGUAAGGUAUCAAUACUGCCAAUGUUAUGUAACCCAUAUUCAUUUCAUGUGUUUACAAAAUUAGCUGUCGACUCUAACUGCCAUUCAGUGUGCCUCUAUGUAAAGUUGGGCUCAUAUGGCCAAAUUGUUAUUAUGCUAUGACUUUUCUAUUUAGCUAUGGCCUUCUGAUUCAAAUCUCAUCUGCCAUAUGACUUAAACUACCUGUAAACACCUGAUUGGAGGAUAGCUCAACCAAUCAACAAGAUGCAUUAUAGGCAUACUGAAGUAUGAACUUUUUAGCCAAACAUUUAUGUGCAACAUUUUUAUAAUAUAAACUUCUUGAUGUGCUUAUUAAUGUUAGAAAUGGAAGUGAAGCUUGGGCCCUAUUUCUUAAGCAACAAAGCCACAUUUUGCCCUUUGAUGGUUUCUGUAAUUCUUGAAAUCCCCUAUAAUAGAACCCCCAUUUUACAUUAUUCCAGGGGACCAAAAAAUAUGUUGUAAACAUACUAAAACGUUUUUGGCUAAGUUGGACGGAUGUCCAAACAACUGAAAUGUUUGUAGCAAAAUGUAAUUUCAUUCCCUUAUUUCUGAGCAAUUUCAAUGACAUGGGCCAGAUUAUUUUACAACACGUGUUGUUAAUAGGCCCGUAGUUAAAGAUACUCCUUCUCUAUCGGUUGCCAUUACCCAUUUAUAUUUACUUGUUGCUUCAACUGCCAGAGAGUCUGUUGCACAAUCAUUUCCAAUAGUUUAUCUUCCCUGCUUCUGUCGUUUUUACAUGUUUUUCCCCUGUAUCUGUUCCAAAAGACUAAUCCCUCUUUCCAACACUGGCUGUGUGUAUAACCAUUAAUUUUUAAUGUCCUAUUGUUGUGGUUAUUCUCAGGGUAGAAACAAAGACACAUGUUUUAAUGUUUUAAUUAAACUUCAGACAUUGAUCCAAAAAAUGACAAACUAUAUGCGUACAUGAAAGGGACCUAACUGAGCCAUACACUGUUGCACUGCACUGUUCCAAUACUUUGCUUCCAGGAGAUGAGAAGAUGUACUGUAUAACCUGUUAUUUUAUAACUGUAUUUGUAUUGUUUUCCUAUUCAAUAAAAAUAUGUUUA